AUGAACAAAAUAGGAUUCAUCGAUGGUACUAUUCCUAAACCCCUUCCUUCUGACAAUGCCAUGUAUAAUGCCUGGUACAGGAACAACAAUAUUCUCAUCUCGUGGAUCUUAAAUUCUGGAUCCAAGGACAUAUCAGCGAGCAUCAUUUACGAUGAAUCAGCUUUGGAAAUAUGGCAGGACCUUAAGACCCAUUUUCAGAGGAGAAAUGGACCUCACAUCUUCAAUCUUCGACGGGCUUUGAUGAAACUCAAGCAAGAUAUUCAAUAUGUUAGCAGCUACUAUACAAAUUUGAAAUCGCUAUGGGAAGAACUCUCUCAGUACCGCCCUUCUUGCACUUGCAACAAAUGUACCUGUGGAGGAGUCAAAUCGCUUCAAGAACACUACAACAUGGAGUAUGCCAUGUCUUUUCUCAUGGGGCUUAAAGAAUCCUACUCUCAAGUCAGAGGAAACAUUCUUCUAAUGGAUCCUUUACCCUCAAUGAGUAGUGUGUUUAAUCUAGUCACACAAGAAGAAAACCAAAGGGACGAAGGGACUCAAUCUACUCAGUCAGACUCAACAAGCAAUCCAUCUAUGGCCUGUGCCUUUUCAGGUUUGAAAAAUAAUCCUUCCAAACUUGAUUCUGGUCAGUAUAAGCAAUACCCACCAUGCAAGAACAGACCCUUUUUUUCUCACUGUAACAUUCAUGGUCACACCAUUGAGAAAUGUUACAAGAUUCAUGGUUAUCCUCCUGGCUACAACAAGCCACGAAACAACACUCCAGCUGCUGCAAAUCAACUUUAA